CGAUGCACAAAGCAAGAGUCGGGCAUGGGUAGCUCAAUUGGGUGUGGCAAUUUCUCAGCAGAAGACACUAAGCUACAUAGAGCCAAGCUUCGGCGCUAUGCAUUGGCUUAGCUCGACUGGGCCCCCACGUGUACUAGCCUGUUCUCGAACGUCGACCUGACUGAUAUGUGACGCGGCGUCCUCGUCUCCACCGAUGUUAAUGAGCCCACUCCUUGUGAUGAUGAUGUGCAUGACCGAGUGAUAGUGAUACGAACUACCUUACUCUGAUCUCUGAGCUUCAAACCCAAAAGAGCCAUUGUGAAUCACGUUCGGGAUGUGGACGCCGUGGUGACAUGAGCAGAAGCUUUGCGCGUUCAUCGAAGGCCUUCACUCACCAAUGCUAGGUAUAAACAAGGCCAGAAGUAAUGCAGAUUGAAGUCAUUCGAGAAACCCGAUGGAUAUCGUUGAUAUGUCAUGCCAUCGUAUGUCGUGUCCCUGGUAUUCAUUGGAUCAGCAUUCGAGCCCUUUGUGGUUCUUCAAAUCUGUCGUAGCAACGCCCAUACACCAACUCAACUACUGCCGGUGCAAGAUUUGGUGCACAUUCAAACCAUAACAGAAUGGUGUAAAUACAUCUCGGGCUGUGUCUCACAGACAUCACUUUCAAUGAGGCUCCGAACAUUGUUGUGGUUCCUAUUGGCUCGUCUCCUACAGCCAGACGCUAGCCGCUAGGUGGAAUAUAGCACGCAAGUGCGAGAUCUUUUCCUCGCAUCUUAUCCUUCGCGGACUUGUUCGAGGUUAGGGAGUCAUUCAUCCGUGUGGGGCUGAUUGUGUGCGUUGAUGAUGAUGCGAUACGG